GGGCUGCCCAGCCCGCCUCCGCGCGGGCACCUUCUGGCUGACCAGGAUCGUGCUCCUGAAGGCCCUCGCUUUCGUUUACUGGCCCAGGUGAGCUCACUCAGACUUAAGACUCCUGCCCUAGUUUUGGACAAGCUUCUCUGGCCCUGCCCAGUCUGCUGACUCCAGGCCCGUGUCUGUCCAGACACCCCAGUGGGUCCCAGAUGUACCCCGUUGGGGACCACCAACGCACUGAGGCUCCCAGCUCAGACCAGAGCCUGAAGCUAAACAAGGAUCUGAUGGAGAAGAAGUUGUGGCAUUCUUGGUGGCCUUCCAUCAGAACAAGCAGCUGAUUGGAGACAGGGGACUGCUGCCCUGCAGAGUGUACCUGAGGAGUGUGCAGCAGCACUUCCGUGGGCAAGUCAGCUGGGAGACCGUGAGCUAUGCCCCCACUGUCCUCUGGCUGCUGGACUGGUCUCACAUGGACUUCAACCUGGACGCGCUGGCUCUUCUCGGGCUGGGCAUCUCCUCUUUCAUCCUGGUCUCCGGCUGUGCCAAUAUGGUUCUCAUGGCUGCUCUCUGGGUCCUCUACACGUCCCUGGUCAACGUGGGGCAGAUCUGGAUGGGAGUCCCAGCUUCUGGAGACGGGCUUCCUGGGGAUUUUCCUGUGCCCUCUCUGGACUCUGUCUCCAUUGCCCAGGGGGACCCCCACGUCCCGGAUCGUCCUGUGGGGCUAUCGGUGGCUGAUUUUCAGAAUCAUGCUCGGAGCGGGCCUGAUCAAGAUCCGGGGGGACCAGUGCUGGCGGGACCUCACCUGCAUGGACUUCCACUACGAGACGCAGCCGGUGCCCAACCCCGUGGCCUACUUCCUGCACCACUCCCCAUGGUGGUUCCACCGCUUCGAGACCCUCAGCAAUCACUUCCUGGAGCUCGUGGUGCCCUUCUUCGUCUUCCUCGGACGGCAGAUGUGCAUCCUCCACGGGGCCCUACAGAUCCUGUUCCAGAUGGUCCUCAUCAUCAGCGGGAAUCUGAGCUUCCUGAACUGGCUGACCAUCGUGCCCAGCCUCGCCUGCUUCGAUGACGCCACUCUGGGCUUCCUGUUUCCCUCGGGGCCUGGCUGCCUCAAGGACCAAGUCCUGAGGAUGCAGGAGGAGGAAGCUCGAGGGGCCAGGGCCCCACGGACACGCGGCAGCGUGGCACGGCACACGGUCAACCUGGCGCUGGGCGUCCUGGUCGCCUGGCUCAGCGUCCCCGUGGUCCUCAACUUGCUGAGCCCCCGGCAGGUCAUGAACAGCUCCUUCAACCCUCUCCGGAUCGUCAACACAUAUGGGGCCUUCGGCAGCAUCACCAAGGAGCGCACAGAGGUCAUCCUGCAGGGCACCGCCAGCCCCAAUGCCAGCGCGCCAGAUGCCAAGUGGGAGGACUACGAGUUCAAGUGCAAGCCCGGUGACCUGAGGCGGCGGCCAUGCCUCAUCUCCCCGUACCACCACCGCCUGGACUGGCUUAUGUGGUUCGCCGCCUUCCAGACCUACGAGCACAACGAGUGGAUCAUCCACCUGGCGGGCAAGCUCCUGGCCAACGACGCCCAGGCCCUAUCCCUGCUGGCCCUUAACCCCUUCGCAGGCAGGGCACCCCCCAGGUGGGUCCGGGGAGAGCACUACAGGUACAAGUUCAGCCGCCCCGGGGGCACGCACGCCGCUGAGGGCAAGUGGUGGAUCCGGAAGAGGCUCGGCCCCUACUUCCCCCCGCUCAGCUUCCAGGACCUGAAGGGCUACUUCAGGUCACGGGAGUGGCCGUACCCCAAACCCGAAUAGAGGUGGCCCAGGGCUUGUGCCCCAAGAAAUAAAGUGGGAAGACCGCGGG